AUGCCUCGCAAGCAACACGGUCGCCAGUACGACCUCCUCGUCCUCGGUGCCACUGGCUACACCGGUAAAUUCGUCGCCGAGCAUGUCACCACCCAUCUUCCGACGGAUUUGAAAUGGGCCAUUGCUGGUCGUUCAGAAUCGAAGCUCCAGGCUGUCAUGGAUGAGUGCCACAAGCUCAACGCCGACAGAGCGCCACCAAAGCUGGAGCUGGCCAACAUCGAUGAUGAAGCCGAGUUGAACGCUCUCAUAAGUAAGGCCUUUGUCGUCAUUACCACCGUUGGCCCGUACUGCAAGUACGGCGACAAGGUCUUCAAAGCCUGCGCCGAUGCGGGCACUCAUUAUCUGGACUGCACCGGCGAGUUCCCCUGGGUGGCUCGGAUGAUCAACAAGUAUGAAAAAACGGCGCAAAAGAGCGGCGCCAUCAUGUUCCCACAGAGCGGCCUCGAAUCUGUCCCUGCGGACAUAUGCACCUGGGCCAUGGCUCGCUUCCUCCGCAGCAAGUUGGAUGCGUCUACCAGCGACGUAGUCCUCUCUAUUCAUAAGCUCAACGCGGCGCCAUCUGGCGGCACCCUCGCGUCCGCUUUGGGCAUCUUCGAUCACUUUAGCUUGCAGGAAAUGAGGGAAUCCAGCAAGCCGUACGCAUCAUCUCCUGUCCCUCACCAUGAAAAGCCUCGACCUAGCACAUCCAUCUUGCAAGCUUUCUUGGGGGUCCGAAAUGUGCCCAAUCUCGGCUUGCAGACGACUUCGAUAUCCAGCACGAUUGACAUCCCCAUCGUGGAACGUACCUGGGGCCUUCUGUCUCAGAUCCCUUCCCGAAGAGACCAAUUCUACGGCCCCAAGUUCAACUGGGCGAGUUACUAUAAACCUCGAAACUGGCUCCACGGCAUCCUUCUUCACUGGGGACUUGCCUUGGGGAGUCUCAUCAUUGCCACACUCCCUCCUGUGAGGGCCUUGUUGAAGAAGUUCGUCUACAAACCAGGCGAGGGUACAGGCAAGGAUGCGUUGGCAAAGGAGGAAGUUGAGAUCCGUGGCGUGGCGACGCCGGACACGGCCACGCCCUCGGGGAAGCAGGCGUACUGCCGAGCAUGGUUUCACGGCAGCAUCUAUUACCUCACCGCCGUUUUUAUGGCACAGGGAGCUUUGACCAUCCUGGAGGACGAUCUGGAGCUGGACGGAGGAGUCUACACUCCCGCUUGCCUUGGCCAGGGUUACGUGGAUCGCCUCCACAACGCAGGAUUCAAGAUGGAGGUCAAGAUGUUGCCAAACUAA